GCUGGUGGACUUCCCCAAUCCCAGCACCCGACGGGAGCCCGUGGCCCCUGGCCUCUACCCCAGAGCCCGGGGCUGGCAGUGGGCAGGCAGAGAUAGGGCCUGGCACCCGCCCAGGGAGGGGCUAAUGAUCAAUCGCGGCCAGCGGCUGCGCCUGCCUCUCCUCACUGGCCCCAGGCCCUGGAGGAAGUGGGGCAGGAAGCAGGGGCGGUGGCGGCUGCUCGCAGUCAGUCUGCUGUGGGUGGCCUCUGCCUGCCCCGGCCAGCUGUGGACAGCCUUGUGGGCCGCCAGCAGUAAGCAGAGCCGGGACAGGCCCCCUGCGUCCUUGGCUGGUGGGCUGAGAGGUGUCUGUGGAGCAGAGCUCAGGCCGGCUGGGCAUGCUGGGCCCUCAGCGCUGGGGCUGGGGCUGGUCAUGAAAAGCCCCAAGGAGGAGACCACUGGGCAGCCAACCGAGAUGGGCUGGGGGCCUGCAGGGCCCUCUGGAGGCUGUGGCAGCGGGCGCAAGGUCCAGAGUGAGGCCGUGAGCUCACCCUGCAGCCGAGAGCCAGCCGGGCCUCAGGAGGCCCCUGCGACGGCGAGAGGCGACCUGGCCUUGCAGCUGCGGGCCGUGCGGAGGAAGAGCGGGCUGCCAGACCCCUGCCUUCAGCAGGCCCUGCGGGGCCGGCUGCGUCUGCUGGAGAACGAGAGCCAGGAGGUGGCCCACGUGCUGGGGGACUUGUCAGCCAGGCUGCUGUCCAUCCACAGUGACCAGGACCGGAUCAUGGUGACGUUUAAGACUUUUGAAGAAAUCUGGAAGUUCUCCACCUACCACACCCUUGGUUUCACUCAUCACUGCUUGGAAAACCUGCUGGUGGACCAGGCCUUCUGGCUGCUCUCGCCCGGCGAGGAGGAGGAGACGGCCAUCCGGGUGCACGUGGAGGAGGGGGCCUUGAAGCUGACGUACCAGAGCCUGCUGGCCCAGGAAGGGCCUUUCUUCGUCCUGUGUCCCGACCACCAUGUGAAACUGACACCUGGCCCGUGGAGUAUGGGGAAGGGCCCCCGGGUUCUCAGGAAGGCUUCGGGGGGCCCCCUGGAGGAUAUGGCUCUGGAAGUGGACUCGCCCACCACAUCUGAGGAGACGGCAGCUGCGGUCACCCUUGAACCCCUGAUUCCAUUCCAUCAGUGGGUCCUUAAGGUCCCCUGGGACCCCAUCGAUGACUCCGUGGGUGGACCUGUGACACCUGAAGUUUCACAGAUGGGGCUUGGCCUGGCCUCGGCGCUGGCCGACUUCCAGGGCUCGGGGCCUGAAGAGAUGUCCUUCCAUGCUGGCGACCUCAUCGAGAUCCUGGGUGCCCAGGUGCCCAGCCUGCCCUGGUGUGUGGGCCGGCACGUGGUCUCAGGCCAGGUGGGCUUCGUGAGGACCAGCCUCAUCAGCGUGCAGGGCCCAGUGUCUGAGUUGGACCGCGUGGUCUUCCUCGACCAGGAAGAAAGGGCGUUCUUCAGCAACGAGGGGCACUUUUCGGAGGAUGACGCCAGGCGGUUGCUGGGCAGGAUGGCGGGCACCGCGGUCUGCUGCGUGCACAGUCUGGACCACCUGGAAGAAGCAGAGUGUGCGCGGCCUGAGGAGCCAGAAAGGCCUCCACCUGACCUCACCCCAGACUCCCGAGAGACCCUGUGGAUGGUAAAGGAUGUUCUAGAACAAUGCAAGACCCUCCCAGGCUGCCCCAAGGAGGAGCCCGAGUCCGGUGGUCUCCAGGAGGCUUCCAGCAGUGUGCGCUCCCCAGACACUGAGGAGCCACCCCUCUGCCUGGAUGCCGAGGACGGUGGGGCCCACCCAGAGGCCCUGGGCUCGCUGCUGCAGUUCCUGAGCGCCCCUGGGUACCAGGCCUGCUACCGCGGCCUGUAUGACGCCUCGCUGCCGUGGCUGGGCAGCGUGUUCCGCAGCUUCGCUGAUGAGGAGGAGCUGGCUGGGCUCCUGGCACGGGCCCGGGAAAUGGCCAAGAAAGCUGGCCUCGGCGCGGCACUGGCCAGACUCUGCUUCCUGCUGGCACGGCUGUGUGCCCGGAAGCUGAAGCUCUCCCAGGCCCGCGUGUACUUUGAGGAAGCCCUGAGGGCCCUGGGGGGCAGCUUUGAGGACCUCUUCCUGGUGGUGGCCGUGUAUGCAAACCUGGCCACCAUCUACCUGAAGCAGAAGUCCAGGGAGAAGUGUGCACAGGUGGUGCCCAAAGCCGCAGCCCUGCUCCUGGGCACACCCAGCCACCCCUGCAGUUCCGAGGUGGAGGUGGAGCUCCUGAAGUAUGCGCUGCGGAGGGCCGUUGGUGCGGGCAGCCUGCAGGCCGAGGCCCGGGCCUGCUUCCUGCUGGCCAAGCACCACACCCGCCUCAGGCAGCCGGAGGCAGCCCUGCCCUACCUGGAGAGGCUGCUGCUGCUGCACAGGGACCUGGGCUCCCCGCUCGCCUCCUGGCCUGUGAACGGCUACCUGCUCCUGGCGGACACCUACAGCCGGAAGUGCCUGCCCCACCUGGCACUGAGCUGCGUCAGGGUGGCCUCGCUGCACACCCCGGGCUCGCUGGCCAGCUCCCUGAGGAGCGUGGACCUGGUCCUCUGGAACGCACCCCGGUUGCACGGCCAGAGGAGGGCGGCUCACAGCCUCCCUGCCCAGACCGCCCACUACCUCAGGCAGGCGCUGGCCUCCACGGCUGCGGGCACAGGGCGGGCCCUUCGAGGUCCCCUCUACGCCAGCCUGGCCCAGCUGCACAGCUACCACGGGCAGCAUGGGCAGGCCAUUGCCUUCAUGAUGCGGGCGGUGCAAGCCGACAGCUUGGCCGGCCUCCGCCCCGUGGUGGACCGCUUGGUGGUGCUUGCCUGGCUGCACACGCUCCACGGGCAGAGCCUGGUGGCCCUGGACAUUCUGCAGGCCAUCCUGGAUGCAGAUGUGGCCAGUGAGGACCAGGAGGGUGUGAUUGCCAACAUGGCGGCCAUCGCCCUGAGGAGGACGGGCAGGACCCGGCAGGCAGCUGAGAGCUACUACCGCGCCCUGCGCCUGGCCCGGGGCCUGGGCCAGCUGCAGAACCAGGCGGUGGUCCUGGCCAACUUCGGGGCCUUGUGUCUGCAGGCCAGCGCCACCGGGUUGGCCCGGCACUACCUCCUGGAGGCCAUCAGACUCUUCUCACAGCUGCCCGUCUCCGAGUGUGGCCGGGACUUCACCCAGGUGCUCCUGUGGAUGGGCCACCUGUACGCCCGCCGGGCCCUAGCCCAGCAGGGCAAGUGUUACUACCAGUGGGCCCUUCUGGUGGCAGUGGAGACGGACCACCUGGAGAGCCAACUUCAAGCCGUCCAGCAGCUGUGCCACUUCUAUAGCAGCGUCAUGCCCAACGAGGCCCAGAACGUCAUCUACCACGAGUUCCAGCUCACGCUGGCCCGCAGGGUAGCCGACAAGGGGCUGGAGGGCCAGCUCCUGGAGGCCAUCAGCCAACUCUACCUGUCCCUGGGCACCGAGCGGGCCUACAGAUCCGCUCUGGACUACACCAAGCGGAGCCUGGGGAUCUUCAUCGACCUGCAGCAGAAGGAGAAGGAGGCCCAUGCCUGGCUGCAGGCUGGCAAGAUCUACUACAUCCUGCACCAGGACGAGCUGGUGGACCUGUACAUCCAGGUGGCUCAGAACGCUGCCCUGUGCACAGGGGACCCCAACCUGGGGCUGGAGCUGUUCGAGGCAGCGGGAGACAUCUUCUUCAAUGGCACCUGGGAGCGGGAGAAGGCCGUGUCCUUCUACCGGGACCGGGCGCUGCCCCUGGCUGUCACCGUGGGGAACCGCGAGGCCAAGCUGCGGCUGUGCAACAAGCUGGCGGCCCUGCUGGCCACACUGGAGUCGUCGCGGGAGGGCCUGGAGUUCGCCCACGAGGCCCUGGCCCUCAGCAUCGCCCUGGGUGACCGGCUGAACGAGCGAGUGGCCUACCACCGGCUGGCCACGCUGCACCACCGGCUGGGCCACGGCGAGCUGGCCGAGCACUUCUACCUCAAGGCCCUGUCUCUCUGCAGCUGGCCGCUGGAGUUCCAGGAGGAGACGCUGUACUACCUGAAGGUGUACCUGGCACUCGGACACAUCCUCUUCUGUGACCUGAAGGACCCGUUCGACGCAGCUGGCUACUACCAGCUGGCGCUGGCGGCAGCCGUGGACCUGGGCCACAAGAAGGCCCAGCUGAAGAUCUGCACGCGCCUGGCCACCAUCUACCACCACUUCCUCAUGGACCGCGAGAUGUCCCUCUUCUUCUACCAGAAGGCGAGGACCUUCGCCUCCGAGCUCAACCUCCGCAGGACCAACCUGGUGCCCCAACGCUUCUGCGGCCGGGCCCCCUGGCUGGCCCCCGGCCACCUGCCCUGACGCCCGGAGGGACUGGCCCUGAGGAAGGGCGAGGCUGGAGGGAAGGGCGCUAUGGCAAUAAAUAUCUCCAGCAGCUUGCUGGCGUCUCCCGCAUGGCCUGAGCCUCCCACUUCAACCUCAGCCUCCUUGCCUGUCGAAUGGUGAGAAGGUGGUGGACGCCUGCGGGAUCCUGAGGUGACCCCAUCUUCCCUGGGAGCCUCCUCGGCAUCUGGUGCUGCCCUGUGACUUUUGUUCUCAAAAUGCCAGUGUGUGAGGAGGUUGGGACCAUUAUCACUCCAGUUAAAGAAACAAAGGCACAGAGAGGUUAAGUGUGUUAUCCAUUGUCACACAGCAGGUAGAGGCCGA